AUGGAAAACGAUAAAGGUCAACUUGUCGAAUUAUACGUUCCACGUAAAUGUUCAGCUACCAACAGAAUCAUCAAAGCUAAAGAUCAUGCUUCUGUCCAAAUCAACAUUGCUAACGUUGAUGAAGAAGGUAGAGCUAUUCCAAAUGAUUUCACCACUUACGCUUUAAGUGGUUACGUUAGAUCCCGUGGUGAAGCUGAUGAUUCAUUAAACAGAUUAGCUCAAAACGAUGGUUUAUUAAAAAACGUCUGGUCAUACUCCCGUUAA